CCUAGGGCAUGGAGCAGGACUAUGGAAGUCACCAAGAAGGUGGGGGACCCUGAUCCACCGGGCCCCCAAGGCCACCCCUCGGCCAGCAGCCAGCAGCCAAAGGGGGGCUUCAGAGGGUCCCAGGGACCAUGGAUAAACUCGGGAUCUGUAUACUUUAGGCAGGCGUUGUCAUUGUCCACUGAGGCCAUCAUCGAUAGGACCUGUGACCCUGACUCCCAGGCCCAGGUCCCCGAGCCCAUUUACCAGCUACACCAGGAUCCUGCUGAGGUUGGCUCCCAGUGUGUCUGUGGGCAGACCUCCCAAGAUGUUCCAAGACUUCCCUCUACCAGCCCGCUUCCAAGCUCCAUCGUGGGAACCCCAACGCAUCUCGUCGUGGAGAACAGGACCCUGGCCCUGCCUGUGGGCACACACAGUGACAACACCAGUGACACGAUCCAGCAUGGAUUCUGCCGCUCCCGGGUUCAGGUGCAGGUUGCCGGGCAGGGCAAGGUUCCAGCUAAAGUCCUGGUAGGCUGGGGCAAAGGCCCCUGCAGCCCUGACCAGGUAGCCCCCUUGGGCAGCAGGAAGAGCCGGUGGCUACCCUAUUUCCUUUCAGGGGAUGAGGGCUUGGCUGCAGCCCAAGGUCCUCUUCCAGCUCCAGCCCAAAGUCAGGACCAGGGCACGUGCCCAUGUCCGGCCCAGGCCCCUCCAGCUCCAACUCAGGCAAACGCUCCAGCUGCCGCUCCAGCUCCGGUGCCGGCAGCAGUGGAACCUUAUACCUGCAACUCUGACCACCUGACAGACACCACUGCCACGACCAAUGGCCUGUCCCAAGACCUCCUGCCCAGGAAGAGUGGCAACCAAUGGGCAGGCCUCUCGGAGUCUUCCAAAGUGGUCUCGUCCUGCCAGGACAAAGUGGAUUUUGGUUUUCGGAAGGAGCCUCCCACCCCAGCGCCUUCUCCGAAUGAGUCCUCAGACCAUGUCCAGGAGCUCGAGGUUGCCAGAACGCAGGUGUUAUCCAAACUGCCUGAGAACCCAGCAGAGAAGGCCCCCGUCUGUACCUCUAGGCCAGACAGCCCAACACCAGGCUCAGGACCGCCGGGUACCCCCAAGUCCCAGAGGAAUAGCCAGGAGAGUAGCAGCUCACCGCCAGACCAGCAGCCUCUCAACGUUUGCAACAAUACCGGCUCCAAUGUGCCACAGUCUGCCUACCAAGUCUCCCGCCACAAGCAUUCACCAGUCCAGUCUCCCAGGGAAGCCAUCCAGAUCCCCCCCUCCAGUGCCCCUACCUGCCAGCUCCGGGAUGCUGUGGAAGACCACGUGCUGGUGUUCGAUAUGGCCACAGGGAACACCAGGAUGGGGCUGCUGUGCCAUGACCCCAUGGGUUCACGGGCAGUGUUGCUAGGUGUCAUGCCCAGCCAUCCAUCCAUCUAUGUCCCCGAAAAUGUGUUGUCCACUCCACCGUUAGCCAUGCCUAUCCUUUCCCUGGACAGCAAUCGCUCCAACUUCUGGUCGGCCUCGCCCAUGCUGUCCAGCUCUGUGCCCUCCAGCCUCUCAUCUGGAAGCUACCGAGAGGUGGCCCUGGUUCCCAAGGAGGGCAGGCUCAACUUGGAGUCACGGGACUCCCCUGGUAUCAAGACACCCCUCAGAGUGUUCACUAGGCCCAUUCCACUGGGGAUCCCCCUCCAAUUUGGUGAGAGAAUAUUGAGCCAUGUCCAUGAUCCGGGCUGCUCCAAACCCAAUGCUGAAAAUAAUGAACCUAGUCGUACCAUCUGGAUGCAGGACACCUCCAUGGUCCAGCCCAAGAAACUGCAGUGGGUGAACUCAGAGAAAACUGCAGAGCCUGCUCCCCAGGCCCCAACCCAGGAGGUGCCCAGAUCCCUGCUUCAGGAGAAUAUAGGCAACCACAGCCAGAAAGAGGUCCUUACUGCUCACCCUGGCAGCCUUCGGGCUGAGGGUGCUGGGCAGACCUCCCUCGGUGGUCGGCCGCCUCUAACGGAGCAACAUACCUUUGCUGGACAGUGUCCUCCCACAGGUCAGCCUCCCUCUGCUGCGCAGUGCCCCCUCACUGGGCAGACCCACCUUUCUGGACAGCCACUCCUCGCUGAGCAGCCCCCCUCCCCCAGGCAGCUCCCCCUUCCUGGUCUGCUCCCUCUCACUGGAACCCCUCUUGCCAGGCAGCUUUCUCUCACUGGGAAGACUCCCUUUUCUCAAGAACCCCCCAUUCCCAAAGAGCCCAUCAUCUCAGGAGGGCCGCCCAUCACCAGGGAGCCUGGCCAGGCCUCCACCUUGUGCCAGGAAGGGGAGCCCUUGAGCCUGCCGGCCCGUGUGGGGGUACUUCAGGUGCCCCUGGCCCCCGAGGAGACCUGCGUCUACAUGAGCAGAGAAAAGGUCAGCGCCGGUGCCCCCGAAAGCUCCAGCACACACCGGCUCUCAUCCUGGCAACCUGGCAGCUCCCCCAGCACCCAGAAGGAGCAGUUUUCCCUGGUCACGUUCUCCACACCUGGCACUGGCUGCAAGGUCUUGCCCAUGGCCGUGGUGGGCACCGAGCCCCAGGGUCCCCAGUUCAAGCUGCCACCCAAGGACAUUACACACUCAUCAGUGCUUGCACACCUUGGCCUGCUGCGUGGGGCCUGCUAUGAACUGAUGCCCACCACAGACGCUCUGCCAGUGCCGUCCCCGCUGCUCUGCCGCCACUCUCUGGGCCCCUACCAGGACAUGGCGGCGGCGGUGAUUGACACGGGCACAGGCUUCACCAAAUGUGGACUGGCUGGAGAGGACCACAUCCUCAGCGUGGUGCCCUCACGGGUCCAGCUGCUGCAGCACCCGGCCCAGGACGAGCCCCGGUACACAGUGCCCGAGAACCAAGAGGCCUCCUAUUCAGUGCUGAAUCGAGGCGUGGUCUCGGACUGGGACGCGCUGGAGGUGCUGUGGCAGCACCUGUUUUACUGCCGGCUGGGCGUGCGGCCGGAGGAGCUGGCCGUGCUUGUGGCCGACUCGCCCAUCUCCCCGCGCACCAACCGAGAGAAGGUGGCCGAGAUACUCUUCGAGCGUUUCCACGUGCCAGCCAUGCAGACGGUGCACCAGGCCCUGCUGGCGCUCUAUGCUUAUGGGCGCACCACCGGGCUGGUGCUGGGCAGUGGCCAUGGCACCUCCUACGUGGCCCCUAUCCUCACGGGGGAUCUGGCCCCGCUGGACACCUACCGGCUGGAUGUGGCCGGGGCCGACCUCACCGAAUACCUGGCUCAGCUGUUGCUGGCAGGCGGCCACUCACCACCCAAGGCAGGGUUGGUCAACCAGAUUAAAGAGGCCUGCUGCUAUGUGGCCAUGAAUAUGACAGCUGAGAUGGCCCGCACCCAGACCCAGGCCCGAGUGGACUUCGUGCUUCCAGACAAGCAGGUCAUCACACUGGGCUCUGAGCGUUUCUGCUGCCCUGAGGCCCUCUUCCAGCCCAGUCUGCUAGGCCUCAACCAGCCUGGCCUCCCUCAAUUAGCCCUCUUAAGCAUCAGCCGGCUGGAGGCCAAGCAGCAGGAGGAGCUGCUGGCCAACGUGGUGCUGGACGGCGGCAGCACCCUGAUGAAUGGCUUUCCCGAGCGCCUGAGGCAGGAGCUGGGUCCCCGAGCCACUGUGCUGGGCUCUCCCCACCGUGCUGUCACUGCUUGGCUUGGAGGCUCCAUCAUGGCGUCCCGGGACUCCUUCCAGAGCCUGUGGCUCAGCCGCCGUGAGUACGAGGAGGAAGGCCCUUGGGCCAUCUACAAGUACCAUCUGUGA